GAGGGGCGGGGUCCCGGGCCGUGCCGCCGCGCGAUUGGCCGGAGCCUUCGCGCCUGCCGCCGCUGAUUGGAGGAUGCUCAAAUUCGGUCUCAAGGCGCCAGAGGAGGUGUUUUAGCGGGGACCGCGAUCCAGCCUGGAGUCGCGCUGGGCGGGUAGGAACGCUGGCGCUGCCGGGUCACCGCGGGUCCCCGCCAGCGCUGGGCACUCGGAACCGCGGGUCUGCGCGCCUCGCCUGGCCUUCCCGAUGUCGCCGGCCGGUUGCUGAUACCUGCAUCCUCUGCCCGCAGCGGCGUGGGGCCGCGGAGGUCCGGCAGAGGCAGAGCGGAAUGGAGGUAAAUUGUUUAACACUAAAAGACCUGAUCAACCCCAAGCAGGCCAGACUAGACUUGGCAAUUGAAGAUGGGGAAAAUGCACAAAAGGAAAAUAUAUUUGUUGAUCGAUUAAGGAUGGCCCCAAAGACUCCAAUAAAAAAUGAGCCCAUUGAUUUAUCAAAGCAAAAAAUCUUCACUCCAGAAAGAAACCCCAUUACUCCAGUUAAGCUUGUUGACAGACAGCAGACAGAACCAUGGACACCCACAGCCAACCUGAAGAUGCUCCUCAGCGCUGCCAGCCCAGACAUAAGGGACCGAGAAAAGAAAAAGGGGCUGUUCAGGCCCAUAGAAAACAAGGAUGAUGCGUCUUCAGACUCUCUGCAGCUUGAUGUUGUUGGGGACAGUGCUGUGGACGAAUUUGAAAAGCAAAGGCCAAGCAGAAAACAGAAAAGUUUAGGACUCCUCUGCCAGAAGUUUCUAGCUCGCUACCCGAGUUACCCCUUGUCAACUGAGAAAACUACCAUCUCCCUAGAUGAAGUUGCUGUCAGUCUUGGUGUGGAAAGAAGACGCAUCUAUGACAUUGUAAAUGUGCUGGAGUCCCUGCAUCUGGUUAGCCGGGUGGCCAAGAAUCAGUACGGCUGGCAUGGACGGCACAGCCUGCCAAAAACCCUAAGAACCCUCCAGAGACUAGGAGAAGAGCAAAAAUAUGAAGAGCAGAUGGCCCACCUACAACAGAAGGAGCUCGACCUGAUGGAGUAUAAGUUUGGAGAGCAUAGGAAAAAUGGCUAUCCAGAUUCCCAAGAUCAACAGUUACUGGAUUUCUCUGAACCCGACUAUUCCUCUUCAUCUGCAAACAGUAGAAAAGAUAAGUCUCUGAGAAUUAUGAGCCAGAAGUUUGUCAUGCUAUUCCUCGUCUCCAAAACCAAGAUUGUUACUCUGGAUGUGGCUGCUAAAAUACUAAUAGAAGAAAGCCAAGACACCCCAGAUCAUAGUAAAUUUAAAACAAAGGUACGACGCCUCUAUGACAUAGCCAAUGUUCUGACCAGCUUGGCUUUGAUAAAGAAAGUGCAUGUAACCGAAGAGCGAGGCCGUAAACCAGCCUUCAAGUGGAUCGGGCCCGUGGACUUCAGCUCCAGUGAUGAUGAACUAGUGGAUGUUUCCGCAUCUGUCUUACCAGAAUUGAAAAGAGAAACAUAUGGCAAGAUUCAAGUCUGUGCAAAACAGAGGCUGGCUCGUUAUGGUUCCUUUAACACAGUUCAGACAUCUGAAAGGAUAGAGAGGAAAGUGAUCUCAGAACCCAGCAGCCCGUACAGAGAGGAACAAGAAUCAGGUGGUUAUUCCUUAGAGAUUGGAAGUCUAGCUGCUGUCUACAGGCAGAAAAUAGAAGACAAUUUACAGGAAAGUGCCUCUGCCCGUGAGAGAGCGGUGCCUACUGCAGGCAGCUCAGACCCCGGCCUCCCUUUCGACUCUGAAUACUGUGUCAAUCCAUUAGCCCACCAAGUCUUUUCUGUUGCUCAAACAGACUUGCCAGCACUCUCCCUGCAGACCAGUCUUAGUGGGCAAGUAGGCAUGUCCCUUGCUCCAAUGUCCUCUGACGGGGAGAGCAUAAAGCCGGCUCUGCUUGCCGGCCAGCCCCUGAUGUACGUGCCCUCCACCUCACUGUUCAUGCUGUGUGCAAGCCUGCGAGAGGGACCAUCCCUAGAGUCGGGGUCGGAGAGGGACGGCAGAAGCUCGGGGGUCCCAGCCACAGCAGAGCUGUCCUUGGCCCCCUCCAGUCAGAAGCGCCUCUGUGAGGACAGGAAGCCCCUGGAGGAGCACGAGCCUGCCUCUAAAAGACAAAGUCGGGAACUUGAAGACAGCCCCCUAUCCCUGGUCAUGCCCAAGAAGCCUUCCGAUUCGAGAGACCUUGCCUCUGCCAAGACUAUGGGAAGCAGGGGCUCUGGGUCCCUGGAAGACACUCACGGGAAUAUUCCACACCCUGCUGCAGAAGAGGCUUCUGGAAAUGCUACCGCAAACUGCUUUGUCUCUUCUGAGUGUGGAAAUCCUUCAAGAAACACAGAUACUGAAAAGCCUUCAAAAGAAAGUGAAAGCACCAAAGAACCAUCUUUGCUGCAGUAUCUGUAUGUGCAGUCCCCACCCGGAUUAAAUGGUUUCAAUGUGCUCUUCUCUGGCAGUCAAAUCCCCCACACUGUGGGACCAUCCUCAGGUCAGCUGCCGCCCUUCGGUGUUCCUUGCAUGGUCCUACCGUCUCCGCCUGUGGGCCCUUUUCCUGUUGUCUAUUCUGCAGUGCCCGGGCCGAUUUCUUCUGCACCUGGCACUCUCCCAAACACAGGACCUGUGAAUUUCAGCUUGCCUGGCCUUGGACCUACAGCUCAUCUCCUCCUCAACCCUGCAGCCAUGAUUAAUCCGAAGUUAUCCACACUCCCUUCCGCAGACCCUCAGCUUCAGGGUCAGCCCUCAUGGAACCUGAGUCCAGUGAUGGCUAGGUCACACAGCGUCAUCCAGCCUGAGUCCCCUGUGUGCGUGGGACAUCCAGUGUCAGUCGUAAAAUUAGAACAGUCACCUGUUCCAGUGACACCCAAGAGUAUGCGACGCACACACCGUGAGACAUUUUUCAAGACACCUGGCAGCCUCGGAGACCCUGUCCUUAGGAGAAGAGAAAGGAAUCAGUCACGAAAUACCAGCUCAGCCCAGAGGAGACUAGAAAUCCCCAGCAGCGGGCCUGACUAAACAGAUGCUUUGGCAGGCGGGGUGGGAUUAAACCACCUGAACUUCCCUGUGUCACUAAGUGGAACAUAACCGUCAGUCCUCAGCUCGUGUCCUUGCUCUCUCACCGGUUCUGUCACCUUCCCAACAUCGUGGAUCAUCUGUGUUCCUGAAAGUAGUUAUUACUAAUUGUGCAUGUAAUGCCGGCCAAAGUUAGGCUCUGCAUGGUGUCACAGUGAAAGCACUGACUGACUAAUGUGGUUUUGAUUCAAGAAUCAUCUGAUUCCUGGACGUAGAUCUGAACAGGCUACUGGAGCCUUGUGGUUUUCCUGAAGGGGGGCUGUCUAGCACUUAAGCAGGGUAAGCACUCUCGACUUGUAUUUCCACUUGCCCUGAGUAAAUCUGUGGUGAGAGAACUUUCUUUCUGCAGUUUAAAAAAGCUACUGCUUCUUUAGGCUUCAUCGGGAAGCCACCUUCAGUUAUGAAUCCUAUGGUAUUAUUUAUUUUGUUCCUAAAAUGGGAUUUAGUGCAAAGAGUUUACAACUACAGCCUAACACAUACUUUUCAGGGUAUGACGACUUGAAUGUUUGUACUUUUUCCUCUAAUUUGCCCUGCACUUAUUCUAUACGUGACAGACGUCAAGACCAAAAUAACCAAAUGACCCACCUGGCUAUAACUGAACUGUGCUAACCCAAUCCGGUCAUGAGAACUAAGGUGAAGCCUAGGCGCCUAAUGGCUGCUGCUCAAAUAACAGGAGAACAAUGAGGUUUUACUGUUCGCUUAAAAAUUCUACUGUGCUCAGUUUCCUUUAUGACAUGGCCUAUGGGGUGUUUUUUUUUUUAUUUAAAUGUUAAUUGUAGAGUAUCAGGUAUGGAUGCCUUUUAACAAUCGUUUGUAAAAAUGAAUUGAGAUGGUAAAAAGUAAUCACUUGGAAAAUCAGCCUGGAGGGGACUUUUUGAUUGAAAUACUGAGGAGUAAGGGUAUAGAAACCGAUGUAGUCAGUAAGUGGUUCUCCUGGGUUUCUUUUUUUAAACUUGCUUUCUUCUUUCAACCCUUUAGAAGGGUAAAAGGAAAAAUGGGCGCAUUAUGUUCCAUUGCUGAGAAAAUUCGAACCACAGUUAAGUGGUAUUCCCCCCAGUGAGUGCAGAGGGUCAUUGUUCUAGCACAAAUACCAUUCUGGAAACUGUUAUGCAAUAUCUCUUUAUAAACCAGAUUACUUUAGGGGUUCAUUAAGAAUCCGAACUACUCCACUGUAUUCUGGAUUUAUUGAUAUUUACUUCACUCAUUUUUUCAGAUGGCAUCCUUUCUUCAUUCCCUGUCUAGUUCAUUUUUUUCUUUUCUUCCUUUCUUUGUUCUUUUCCUCUGUUUGUUAAACUUUUCUCUUCGAUUUAGAGCCUUAGUAUAGGGCUAUUUUUUAAUUUCUGGUUUUGGGCCCAAUAAAAUGUUAUAUGAAAGAAUAAAAGUAUUAAUUUAAAAGACUCUGCGAGUCUGAGUAAAGUAGCUUUAUGUGAACUACAGGAUACUAUUAGCCUUAUGACCCUGACAAGAUUUUUGAAAACUUAAGGUAGGUAGCCAGAUUAAAUGAAUUUGCUACUUAUGUCAAAUUUUAUCAACACUAAACUUUUAAAGUUUACAAGGUGGUAUUUUCUUCCCUUUUUUACAAUCUUCUCUGAAGUUAGCUUAAGAAUGUGAUUCCAGCCAUCAACAACUGCAUAGUAGUGAAUACUCUGAACUAAUACUGAUAGUUGCUUAUCAAAACAAAUGAAAAUACGAGUUUUCAGGUAGAUUACAGGAUAAUGCAGCAUAUAAAUCUGGGCAGGGUAUGUACAUUUUAAAUCUAUCUCCUUAAAAACUUCCACAAAAUAUACUGAAAGGGCAGUGUUUAGAUGGAAGCAAAUUGCCCCCCCGCCCCCGCCCAAGUUCCUGGAUAUGCUCUACUUUUCCUUUUCUUUAAUUCUCUUUGUAAUCUGACUGUGCUAUUAGAAUCCAUCCUUCUUGAGGUGUUAAGAAACAAUCCCGCAAAAGAGAAUGUGACCGCUUUGUGACCACACAUGGCAACAGAAAACUAAGAAAUAUGGCUUUUCUAUUCUGUACCUAGUGCUUAAGGUGGCUUUAGGAUAUGUACAAAUAAUCAGUGGUUGGUUCUGUCGGGAAAAUGGUUCUCUUACAGAACAACUGAUGAUAGUGAAGCUGCUAAGCUAGAUUUGGAUAUUGGGGUAGGGAAGAAGCAAUGGCAAUCUUGAGUCUAUCAUUGUAUAAUUUAGUGAAAGAAGAAGAUGAUUGUUGGUGAUCCUGCUAAGGAGAUGCAGCUGAGUCAGCACUGAGGAUGUGUGUGCCCUACACUGUCCAGGGUUUGUGAAACCCAUUUGUUCUGGUACAAGAGUUGGGGGUAUAACUUUUAUACUUGAAUCUACCUACCGAGUUUACAUUCUUCAAUUCCUUUUUGUAAGGUGCUAUUUCUGUAUUUAAAUAACUUUUUUAAUGUAAAGCUGCUUUCUGCUUAUCCUAUUGCACUGCUAGCUUUAUGUAGGAAUUAAUUUUAUUGCUGCUUACUGCUCUGUUCUCAUAUCAUUUAGCUCUGCUCUUAUUCCUAGUAGCUAUACUGUCUUGAGCUAUCUACUUGUAACUUUCCUACAUGUAAACCAACUUUGUUCGUUUAGAAAAAUACUAAGCUUUAUGAAAUAGUAAUAAAAAUAAUGCCUUUAGUAA